CUCCGGCAUUAUUUUCCUUUUUCUUUCUUUCUUAUUCCCCCAUCCCCCCAAAAAAAAAGAUGACUGUGUAUUCAUUACUUGAGGAAGUUGCUCCUCCAAAGAGACAUCAUACUAGACGAUGGCAAAUCGGAUUUCUAAUUCUAGGAAGUCUUGCGAUUGUCGCCGGUGUUAUUUUGGUACGACGUAAUCAACAACAAGAUGAUACUCUUCUGGAUAAAACUGACGACCAGAACAUCACAGUUCCUGUUCGAUCCAUUAAUUUCACUAUACCCAAUCAAGAUAAGCUAUAUUACGUGGAUCUCGAUAAAUACCCUGUUGAAGACAAUAUGAUUAAGCUAUUUGCUACAUCACAAGCAACUUUACAAUCUUUAAUUAUCGACAAGCUAUCCCACAAAAAGCAAAAUGGAAAUUGGACCGAUGACUGGUUAGCUCAACCCAAUAGCAACACCAAUUAUGCUUGUGAUAGUCAAUUACUUCCUUACCCCAUUUUACGUAAGAUUGUUGCUGAAUAUACACCACUGAAAAAUUCAGAUGCACUCUAUGAUGUCGAGACAAACAUCGAUUUUUCAAAACCUUUUGUUGUCUUGCCAUUUUCAAAGCAACCAAAUUUAAUUCAGGGGCAAAAGGUGUGCGUUCGUGUGGUGGUCCCUUAUCAAAAUAUUGCGGGCAAUGAUACAUAUCACUUACUGUAUAGACCUUAUGAUCACAACAAUCAAAGAUUGACCUCUCCGUGGUGGGAUACCAUGAUGACAACCCUGGAAAAUAUUGAUACAAACGCCACUUUACCCAUUACUUUACAACCUUGGUCCGGACAUGCUCUUCUCCGUAAUAACGCCCGAGAAUUAAAUCAUGUCAACAAUCAAAUACCUGAAUGGAGUCGCUUACGUGAAGACGAAAUCUAUGAACGAGAAAAAAUGCAUGUGUAUGAAGCUACCGUCACACUUCCUCCAAACGGUACAUACCAAUUACAGAGUUUAUUAGAAUUCGUGGAAGGAAGAUACAAUUUCGAGUUUGGUCCCGUAUCACCUUAUAAGCCCGUCAAUUUACCCGUGUACCCUUCAGACAGUAAACAAAUCAUUAUUGGAUCACAAGACAAAGAAUCCAUUGAACAAAAGCAAUUAAAAGAGCAUUUGGCUUUGCCACUCUGUAAAGGUGCUGAUAAUGCCGGAAGGUGGUUACCCUGGCCUAGAAUUAAUUCAACCGACAGUGAUUAUGCAUCCAAAGAAGAUUUACAUUUAAUUGCAGGUCUAACUCGCAAUGGAAAGUAUUGGGCCCCUUAUCAAUGCAGAUACCGACAUAUUUCUUAUGAACAAUUUAACCGAUGCGCUGCAAAUAAAUACUCAAGAGGAAUAGAUCUUUAUGGUGAUUCAAACAUAAGAAGAUCCGUCAAGAAGUUUGUUAGUCAUGGUCAAUGGUGCAAAAAUUGGGAACAUCAUAUUGAUACUCCAUUACUACCUGAAGAUCAAGCACCUAUUGUCAAUCAAUCCUUAAUAAAGCGUCAACAAGUAGGUUAUGGUCGUCCGGAAGAUUAUCGUUAUAUCAAUCCAUCUCAAACACGCUCCUGUUACUGUGAGGAUUACUCGGAAGAAUUUUGGAAGCCAGAAUGGUUUAAUGGUAAUGCCAGAAGAUUCGAUUUACAGUACACCAAUUCUGUUCAACAAUCUUUAGCGCUUGGUCUUACUGAAUGGGAUCAAAAAGGGACUGGAAACAUCACCUAUCUACGUACACAUGAUGUUGUACCCAUCAGUUCUUAUAAAUGGGAUGGCUUAACUUAUUUAAAUAAUCCUGCGUGGGAUACAGCGGUUCCUACCAGUACAAAACCUGUUGAUAUUGCCAUUUUCUCUCUGGGUAACUGGGAUGCUGCCUUUGCAAGGUUGGAACCUUUUUUGAACGAUGUUGAUCAUCUGAUCCGACAAAUCAGGGAACAUUAUGACCUUUCCAAGACCCGUAUUAUUUACCGUACAGCACAAUAUUAUUGUUGUCGUAUCGAUACUUCUGGUCGUACACGUCAAGUCAGUGGCCCCAGAUUGGACGUGUUUGACAAAGAGGUUCAAUUGCGCUUUAAACGUGAAUUAAAAGCUGAAAUAUGGGAUACUUAUACUUUGGGUGAAAGUAAGCCAUGGGAUGAGAAAAUCACUAGUAUUACCUGUCCUUCCAAUCAUGUUCCAGCCGAUCAAGUAGAGAUUGAAAAUCAAGUUCUCAUGAAUGGGCUAUGUAAUUUGUAAUAAUAAAUAAAAAUAAUAAUACAUACAA